AACCUAAACAUGGCGUCAGACGGGGACGACGUUAUUAGUGACCAAGAAAAAGUGAAAAUAGUAUCGGAUUUUAUUCUCCAUUCACCACCUGGUGAAUUUAAUGAGGUAUUUAAUGAUGUUAGAAAACUUUUAAACGACGAUGACCUUUUAAAAGAAGGCGCGAGCGGAGCAUUCGCUCAGUAUAAUAAAGAUCAACUGACCCCCGUUAAAAUAGAAAACGCCGAUCAUUUAGUGCUUAUUACGGAAUACAACGAUUUAGGGAAUAAUAGAUUCUUCGACCCCAGAAGUAAGCAGAGUUUUACCUAUGAUCACUUAAGAAAAGAAGCAUUAGACUACCAAGUCUAUACCCCCGAUAGCACUUCUGAGCCUUGGCGGGCUGCCUUAGACUCAGAGUUCAUUCAGUACACUAGGAACCAUUAUAAAGAUGGAGUAUGUAGUGUGGUAGGCCGCAACCAGAGCGGAGUUAUUAACUUAACAGCUUGUAUUGAAGACCACCAGUUCUCUCCCAAGAAUUACUGGAAUGGAAGAUGGAGAUCUCAGUGGUCCAUUAGUCUAACUGAUGAUUCCACUGCUGAGGUUCGAGGCGUACUCAAAGUACAGGUCCAUUAUUAUGAAGAGGGUAAUGUACAAUUAGUGAGUACUAAAGAAAUAAAAGAAACUGUUCCUGUUUCAUCUGAGGCACAAACUGCUAAAGAAAUCAUCCAAGUAAUAGAAGCCGCUGAGGAUCUCUAUCAAACGGCAAUUUCAGAAAACUAUCAGAAUAUGUCAGAUACAACCUUCAAGGCCCUACGAAGACUUCUUCCUGUCACCAGGACAAAAAUGGAUUGGAAUAAAAUUGUAUCCUAUAGCAUUGGUAAAGAACUCAAAACGCAAUGAUUAGUGACUGACUUUUAAUGGAAAGAAUGGCCAAGAUGGUGAAUGUAAGGUUGGCAUUGUUGGGAAUCAGGGGACAAUUAUUUUUAUUAUAGUAUUUUAUCUGCCACUUCUUAUGACUAGUAUUUUAGGAUUUCUAAAAAUAAUAUUACAUAAAACAUUAUUGAGUUGAAGCUUUUAACACAUUAUUACCCAAUACUUCAACAUAUAUAAUGAAUUGCUUGAUUAUCAAACUUUUUUAAUCCUUCUAAAAAAUAAGUUUGCUCAAGCUCCCCAAAAUAGUGUGAAGUAUUGGUUAUGUUGUAACAUCAUCAUUUGUUGCAAAACCAUGCUAUUUAAGCCUUUUUUUAAAUUUCUCAAAUAGAAAAUAGGUAUUUUGGCGAACAUACCAUGGAUUGCAGAUUAAAAUCAGAGUGGAAACUAUCCAAUGACACUGCAUAGUAUAUGUCAGUUAUUCCUGUACCCUUUUUCAAGUAAUCAAUUAUAUAUAAUAUAUAUAAUACCAUUCACAUUGUGAAAAACAAUCGUCAUCACCUUUUUGAAAGGGCAGGUGGCCUUAACUGAUUUUUCUAUAUUGCUUUGAUUGUACUUUGUUUAAGAUUGCUCUCAAUUCAGGUCACUGUAACUUAUACUGUAUUUUAAGUAUUAAAAGAAUUCCUUGAAAGAAAAAAUAAGUACCUUGAAUCUCAAGAAUGCCAACUUUAUCAUCUGCACAUUAUGCGCCUUCAUGUUGCUUAGGAAUGUUCUUUUGUAAAUAUUGGUCGACCUUGUUAAGUUUUCUGACAGCAGGGAUAGCCAAUUUUUAGAAUAAUUAAAAUAUAAAAUGCUUCUUAAAAUUAUUGUCAUUUCAUCUUUAUAUAUAAUUUGUUAUUAUUAUCUUUUUAGUAUCUUAUUUUUACCUAUGUGUUCUUCCCCUAGUUAAUAAAACAGUGUCUACUGUUUCACAGGAACACACGGUUUUGCUGUUUUUGUGGCCAUAUGACAAGAACAGCAACACUGAGAGGCACUAAUGGAUCUUUUAAAUUAGAUAUUAAGGAAACACAACUAAUUUUCCUAAUAGGUUUUGGAAUUUUUAAUGUUUAGGAUCUACUUAGUGUCCUUUAGGAUGUGAAAAGUCUGAUUCAUGUUAAAAUAAGAGCUAGAGUCCAAUCUUUCACCUAUUAGCUCUUCAAUUGUAUAGAUAUUUCAGUGCCUGACAGUGAAAUUUCUAAAAUAUACACUGCUUGGGUGACUCUUUGUUUAAUUGCUUUUAAAAUGAAGGAAUAUAUUUUUGUCUAUUUUAAAAGAGUGAUACUAUAUAGAUACUAGACCACCUGGCAAAUGUAAAUAUGUAUCCAGUUUUUGGAAAAUAAAAAUUUUUAUGUAUAAGGCUCCAUUUUUUAUUAGUUUAUAUAUUUUAUGAAUUUAAAAGCACUUAACCCUAAAGCGCUUUGUCUCAUAGUUAUUGUUUGGGAUAGAGAGUAUUGAUGAUAAUACUUCUUACUACAGUCUCAAAUCCAAUUCUGGCGUUUUCCUAUUUAUAUUUUAUCCUCUAUUAUGAGUUUAAGUAACUUAAAUCUUUCACCUCUUAAUACAUGCCCUAAGUGUUGUAUUUUUCUCCCUUUGAUAGUGUUUAAUCAUUCAUUUUGUUUACUCAUGUUAAGAAGUAGAGGACCUAGUAAUCAGUGGUCUUUUGUAUCUACGAAAUUGGCAGUAUAUUCUUGUAUAUAUAUAUAUAUAUAUAUAUAUAUAUAUAUAUAUAUAUAUAUAUAUAUAUAUAUAUUUCGCAAUAUUCCCUAUUUUUUCUAUAUGAAAGCAGCAUCUGAUCAUCAAAUUUCUGCAUAUUUUAGACUUUUAUUUUUGUUUUGUUAUUGGCGUCUUCGAAAAGACUAGUACUUUGGUUUUUAAUAUGUUUAGAUUUAAACUGCACAUUUUGCAGAAUUUAUUAUGUUUUGAAGCUCUGGUACAUUGUUUGCUAGUAGGAUAGUGUCAUCCAUGUACCUAAUAUUGUUUAUCUUAGUUUGUUGAUCCUGAUUUCACGUUGGCUCUCAUCCAAUGCUUCCCUAGAUAUAGGUUUCAUGUACAGAUUGAACAUAAGCCUGUAAUAACAUAAUGCUAUCUUAUUCCUCGCUUAUUUAAAACUCUUAUUUUGUCAGGUGGUUGUUUUAACGAUACAUGUUAUAUUUUUGAAAUUUUGAAGUCAGAUUCUAGGCCACACUCCAUUUAUUUCGACCAAAUUUAAAUAUUCUGCAAUGGUAAAAAGACAUUAUCAUUUCAUUAAUUUUUAUUCAUAUUAUUUACAAUUAACCACAUAAUUUAUAAUAUUUCAGUGAUAUAUGAAGUGUGUAAUAAAUAGUCAAUUAAAACGAACCAUAAAUGACAUCCAUGACAUCAUUGGAAAAAUACAUAAUUUUUGGAAUCAUACUUUGUAUAUCAUUAUUUUUGUUUUUCUUUUUACAGUAUUUCCUCGCAUUAAUAUACUCAACAACUCAAAAAUUGGUCAUUACAAAACCCCGACACCAGUAAUUUAAUAUUUUCAUUAGAUUAAAAAUACUUUGCAACUAUUUUCACAUAAAUUAUGUCCAUGACGUUCAUACUACACUAAUCCUUUCUCUAUCAACCCCUUCCAAAUUGUUUUUUAAUAUCUUUGUUGUAGCUAAAUCUUGUUUAUUGGAUAGUACCUUGCCAUAAUUUCUUUCCAAUUAUUCAAAUUAUCUUAGUUUCAUUUAGUCCUUUCAAUCCAAUUACUUUUUGGAAUAAUUCGUGAAAUAAGUCAUAAAAUGAACUACUAUUUAGAGGAGGGUGAUGAAAAUAUAUAGAUGGGAAACUAAAUAAUCUCACUUUUCCUAGAAAUGUUAGGGAUAAAUUGUAAUUGAGAACUGCUUGUUUUUUUAUUGCAUUAUUUAUAUUAUCAUAACAUUUGGUUUACCCUAUACAUAUAUACCGAUUUAUUUGUACUUUCAAAUCACACUACAUGUGUAACUUCACAUUUUGUACAAGCAGUAGAACGUUAUAAUUAUAGCAAAUUUUCACAGGCAUUUUAAAGGCAAGUCCUAUGUUUGAUUUUAGGGUUUCUUGUUUGUUUUAGUUGUCUUUCAUCUAGCUCUGGCAGAAAAAUCAAGACUUCAUUCAUAUUUAAACACAAAAUUUAUAACCCAUCUAAUACCUUUCGUUUUGUGUUCGGGAGUUACGACCCCGGGUUAUCCAAAGUGAUUACGAAGUAUAGAGAAGACUAUAUAUACCGGUGUUUUAUUGUAUUAAUUAAGACCUGUAUAUAUAGAUCGUAGAGAUAUUAAUUUUUUAAAAACCUGUUUUCGGCUCUUAUUCUGAUUGGCGCAGCCAGUAGUAUUUCUCCAAAAUGUUAUAGUAUUUUCGAGUUAACACCAAUAUUGUAAUUUGAAAACAGUCCAAAUUUUGUGUUGUUGAGUGUAUUUUGUUAUUAGUAGUAACCUGCUCUUGGAUACAUUAGGAUGUUAUAUUUAUUAAAAUAAAAUUUUGUUGUUCACUUAAUUGAGGGCUCCAAAAAUUUCAUUUUAUUUGAUGUAUAUUUGUUACUUAUUUUAAAAUAAAGUUUUUAUAUUU